AUGCCGGAAGUCAACAUGGAUAAAGUUGACGAGGAGGAGGAUGAGAGACAUGCCGAAGAAAGCCUCACAGAAGACGUCACCGAAACCGCUACUCCUCGUAAAGGCCGGAUCAGUUCUUUCUUCAGGCUCAAUUUCAACCUCAAGCCGCAAGAAACGAUGAGCAGCUUUCCCGAAAAUGAAGCUGCAGAGCUCGAUUUGUAUUGCCAGCUCGAUGAAAAAGACUUAAACAAAAAGAUCGAGAAGCUUCCUUUCCUCAUCUUUCAUCCACGAGCUGCUUGGAGACUUUUGUGGGAUUUCAUGAUCUUUGUAAUCCUGAUCUAUACUUUCUGUGCUGUACCGAUAAGAUUUGCAUUUUCUGACUCCACGCCAGACUGCGAGACUGGAUUCUUGCAACAGGACGUCUUUUUGAAUUUCCGAACGGCCUUUGUCAUUCCAGCCUCAAACCGUCGUGGCACGACGAAAGAUCAAUUGGCGGUGGCCUUGGAUUUGGAUCAUAACGUAAAUGUGACCAGCUCAUCAUAUUGUGAGAUAGUUGAACAUGUUUCCUUCUUAACCGACCAAACAUUUGCUACGGCGAUUGGAGUCUCAAGCAAUCCAGUAUGCGUUUACGACAUGGUUUGGUACGAGCAAUACCUGAUUGCAUUUUAUUGGUCGACAUGUACGAUGACAACUGUUGGUUACGGCGACAUCACUCCAGCAAAUGUGUAUGAGAUGAGCUUUACAGUGGUUGUCCUUCUUGAAGCAGGGUUGGCAUUUUCGUACAUGAUCGGAAACAUGUCCAACUUGCUAGAUAGGAUCAAUCCCCGCAAAGGCACAUAUCGUGACAUCAUGACAGAACUGGAGGACUUCAUUCACAGAGAAAAGUUAGCUCCGACCCUUGCAGAAAGGCUGAGGUCGUACUGGACGUACAAAUACAAUCACCCGAUGUCGAGCCUGCCGCAGUUUGCAAAGGAGAACCUUUCCAAGUCAUUGCUCAAGGACAUUACUGCGCACAUCUACAGAAAGAUCCUUCAGCGCCUUCCCCUCUUCAAACGGCUCGACGACUUUGUCAUCACUGACCUGGCACUUGCUUUGAACCCACUGCAGCUCGCGCCCCACACCUUUGUAUACCGAGAGGAUGACAUCGGGGACUCGAUGUACUUUGUGUCAAGUGGACAAGUUGAGAUGUCGAUCUUCUUGCUGUCACUGCAGAAGAAGAAGGAAAUCUCACUGAAAGUGGUCGCUGACACAUCGUACAAGACUUUGAAUCAGAAGCCAGAGAACAAUGGAGACAUUGUCUUCACGUGGAAAGGACAUCGCAAGUUCAUGAAGUCUAACAGAUAUCAACCCAUGAUGUUCAAGUGGACUGUAGAUGAAGAGCGUGUCGUGAGUUAUUUCGGAGAGAACGUGCUGACAGGGAACUCGGCAAGGCGGCUCUCUACAGCACAAACCAAGACCUGGUGUCAACUGUUUCAGCUGAAGAGAGACGCGUUGAGGACAGUCGCUUCCAAGCACAGGGGCAUGAUGGAGGUGUACCAGACGAUGAAGAAGUCAAGGCACUCGCGACUGCUGAGGGCCCUUAGGAUGAUCCUCCUGUGCAACAGAGCCAAGUGGAUCUCAGGCGUUAAACUGUUUGUUACUGUAGAUAGAGCUGUUAACCUCCCGAGAAUGGACGGAAUCCUCGGCUCCUGCGACGCCUACUGCUGCAUACGCUUGGGAACUCCGGAGCCGCGCAGCAAGGAGUAUCAGACUCUAGUCCAGUAUAACAAGAUGAGCCCCGUGUGGAAUGAGACGUUCGCAUUCGUCAUCGACUUUGCGCAGGAGUUCUCCAGUCAGGGCUUCCCAGUCAGGCUCUACUUCUCCCUAAAGGACUUUGACGUGUUCGGAGAAAACGACGACAUUGGUUACUGCGCGAUUGACGUGUCGUCGUUGCUGAAGCGCUGUUUGCAUCUCAAUGCUACUCAGACGGACUCGAAGUGGGUGGGGCUGAAGAAAGAUGGCGGCGAUGGGAAGAUGAAGAACGUGGUGGGUCAGAACUUCAAACGAGCGAAGAUGAGAAUUGAAUUGAAAGUAGUUCCUGCCAAGAACAUGAGCGAAGCGUCAUCGAUUCAUCCGGAGAUCUCACCAGACAAACUGAGCAACAGAAUAGCAGAAGAAGGCGAAUUCGUUGAGAACGAUGAUGCUUAUGAGCCCCCGCCUCUGCCUCUCUCUGUUCCCCUGUCUCCUGAACCCAACGAUCUCGACGACAAGAUGCCGUUUAGGAACACUUUGACGCGGGUUGGCAGUGACCUCUCGACCGUCUCAUCCGAGCUUGACCGUGAUCUCAGCACGACCGAUCUCACGCAACUUGACGCUAACGCGGAGGCACAUAGAGACAUCAUGGAGUCCGACGACAAACUGAUCAUGUUGGCUGAGAUUAGUCAGAUGAACCAGAGGUCGCUACUGCCCUUCCCCAACGAUGAGAACAGGGUGCCGGACCAAGCUCUUCCUCUGGCUGACCCUGACGAGACUGAGGAAGUGCCCAGCAUGGGUUUGCAGGAGAAGCACGACCAUGUGGGAGAGCACACAAUCAAUGUCUCAGCCGCGCAGAGGAAGCUGAUGAACAGGUUAGCUGCAGCUCUAGCGAGAGAGCGCCAGCAGCACGAGGCAGAGAUCUCGGCGCUUGAAAUGCAAGUCAAGAAGCUAAAGAAAGACCUGAAAGAUGUUGUGGAACAAUAUCACAAGACUGUAAAUAUUCCCCCAAACCAACCGACCCUGUAA